AAAUAGGGUACACUGUAUUGGGGGGUUUCUUGUAUGUAGUACACAAUCUAUGUAGUAGACUGAUAUAGUGAGUAGGGAGCGGAUUAGGAAUUAGCGUUUAGUGUUUAAACGCCAAUUAGCAGAUUUAAUUUUUUAUAUAUGGGUUUUCUAAAUUCUAUGCGAUUUAUAUUUAAUAUAAAUAUCCACACUAAAGAAAAUAAUGAACAAUAAUAAAAAUGCAGUCGCAAAAACACAAAAGGGGGCGGGGUGUGACGUCAAUUUUCUGCGUCCAGCGAGGUAUUUCUUUUUCAGUUGAAUGAGACGUUAGGAGCGUCUAAUUAUAAAGAUGCCUCUGCCACCAGCUCUCCUGGCUCGUCUGGCCAAGAGAGGAAUCGUGAAACAGUCAGACCAAGAAGCUGAAGAGGAAAUCAUUGCUGAGGACUAUGAUGACAACAAUGUAGACUAUGAAGCCACAAGGCUUGAAAAUCUACCCAUUAACUGGUACAAAGUGUUUGACCCAAAUUGUGGACUUCCGUACUACUGGAACGUAGAGACAGACAUGGUGUCCUGGCUGUCCCCCAACGACCCCACCGCGGUCAUCACUAAAGCAUCGAAGAAGCAGAGAGUGGAGAUCGCAGACGACAGAGCGGACGGCCACCACGAGAAACCCGACAGAGAGCACGAUCGCGACAAAGAGCGAGAACGGGACCGUGAUCGGGAUGACGGGAGGGACCUGGGAAGAGAGCGAGACAGGGAUAGGGAUCGGGACCGAGAACGAGACCGAGACCGGGACAGACGGAUGAGAAGAGAGGACAGCGGCCCGUACAGCAAAUCCAAGAGAGGGGGAAGCCGUAAGCAGGAAGAGUUGGAUCCUAUGGAUCCCAGUGCCUACUCAGAUGCCCCAAGGGGCUUGUGGUCCACCGGGUUGCCUAAGCGUAACGAGGCUAAGACGGGAGCAGACACGACGGCGGCAGGACCCCUGUUCCAGCAGAGGCCGUACCCCAGUCCCGGAGCCGUGCUUAGAGCCAAUGCUGAACACACCAGACGUCUAGAGGAAGAGGAUGAUGAUGAUGACUAAGUAGGAGGAAAGCAUCUACAGCGCCUUUAUAACAACCUGGAGAAUAAUAAACAUGAACAGCCUUUAAACAGUA